AGCUCAAUAAAGUUAUUAGGUUUUGAAUCAACAUGGCGGCAUACGCGUCGCGGUGUACAACGGGAUGUCUUUUAAGAUUUAUAUCAAAAAAGACAAGUUUGUCGAAAGGACUUUGGUGUGAAGUGUUGAAGGCAGGUAGAGGGUGUUCAACAUUACCUGCGGGACAAACAUCUACAUCAGCACCUUGGGCUGCCCGUGUCGGACUCGUCAGCCACUAUGACAGUCUUGUCCUCUCCGGUUCGCUACGAGAGGACACUCAACAGAGAGCUGCUCUUCUUCAAUUAGAAAAGUUAAACAGAGUGAUGACUGGUUAUACCAACAUCCCUAUCUAUCAACCUAAAGAAUGCUCACAGAGUCAACCCACCUCAGAACUGGAGAAUAAGGAGUCCCCAAGGCCACAUCCCCCCCAAGGUUACUAUAUUCAUGGUGAUGUUGGCACUGGAAAAACCAUGCUGAUGAAUCUUUUUUACUCAUUUGUGGAAAACCGAAGAAAAACGAGAGUUCAUUUCAAUGGAUUCAUGUUAGAUGUACAUAGAAGGAUCCACAAACUGAAACUGAGCCUACCAAAGCGGCGGAUCGGUAAAAUGACAAUGUAUGACCCCAUCUUUCCGGUUGCCAUGGAGAUCGCAAAGGAAACCUGUCUCAUUUGCUUUGAUGAGUUUCAGGUGCUGGAUAUAGCGGAUGCUAUGAUUCUGAAACAGUUAUUUGAGGGCUUGUUCAAGUGUGGAGUCGUGAUUGUGGCAACCUCAAACCGACCACCUGAAGAACUGUACAAAAAUGGGCUUCAGAGGGCUGCUUUUGUGCCUUUCAUUGGUGUACUCAAGGAGCACUGUCAUUCUAUCUGUCUUGACACUGGAAUAGAUUACCGGAAAAGGAAAAGGAAAUCAUCAGAAAGACUAUACUACAUAUCAAGUGAGCCUGAUGCAGAGAAUGCUGUCAAUACGCUGUUUGAGGAACUGGCGUACAGACAAAAUGAUGUAACCAGACCAAGGGUGUUGAACGUGCAGGGAAGAGAAGUAACCUUGAGCCGGACCUGUGGAACCAUUGCAGACUGCACCUUUCAAGAGCUGUGUGAGCGACCGCUGGGUGCAGGUGAUUAUUUAGAAAUCUCACGGCAAUUUGACACGGUCAUCAUACGGAAUGUUCCUCACCUUUGGGUUGGAAUGAAGGACCAAGCUAGACGCCUCACCACACUCAUUGAUAACUUUUACGACCAAAAGGUUAGAGUGGUGAUGUUGGCUGAUGCACCGUUAGACCGCCUCCUUGAUCAGGGACCGAUGACUGGAGAGGAAGCCAGGGAUCGCCUAAUGCUAGAUGAACUCGGCCUGACUGAUGAGGCCAGUGAGCGGUUGACACUAUUCACAGCGGAUGAAGAGGUCUUUGCCUUCCAGAGGACAGUGUCUCGCCUCACAGAGAUGCAGACAGAACAGUACUGGAUUAGUGGGGAUCGGAGUCAAAAGUAAACUGAAACACCCUUGCAGUUACUCUACCUCUAAGUAGAGUCCAUAGGAGAGUCCAUGUGACCUCCUAAAACAUUUGGGGUGGUACAUUUCCAACACCAUAAACAGACUGUCAGCCUUAUUACUACUUUACAGGAAAUUGGAAUCAUCCAUAUGCUCACAGCAUUAAUAUGCAAAACUAAAUGCGCAUGCUGCCAAAUGAGUAGAUGUCCAGCACCCUCUAGUGGAUGAUGUAUUCUGCAGCAUUUAAUAUAUUAUGUAGU